GGCCGCCCUCGGCCACAGCCGCCAGUCGAGUCCGCGGAGCGCCAGCCGCCGCAGUCCGCGCCACCAGCAUGGAGCCGCAGGCAGCGCCGCCCGCGUCGCAGCCCGCGCGCCCGCUCGUCCACCCCGACGAGUACGGCGAAGUGGACACCUCCAGGUACCCGGCGCCGAAGGAGGCGACGCACAAAGUGCGCGGCCGCAGCGACCUGCUCGAGCUGAUGUGCGGCGCGGACGCCGUCGACCCCGAAUUACUUACAGUCAAGACCUUCUACUUCUUCUUUUACUCCGCAUUCGGCUCGCUGUUCCCGCUGAUGGGCGUCUACUUUAAGCAAAUGGGCAUGAACGCGGGCCAAUGCGGGCUACUAAUCGGCACGCGGCCCUUUGUCGAGUUUCUGUCAGCACCAUUCUGGGGCAGCUUAGCCGACAGAUGGCAGAAAGGACGCAUGUUACUGUUAGCCUCGCUCGGAGCUUGGGUGGUAUUCACAUUGCCGCUGAGCUGGGUCCAGCCGGCGGCGGUGGCGUGUGUGCAACCGAUGGCAAACAGUUCUUCCUACGAAUUGGUCGCUCCUAAAUACGACGAAGAAUGGCCAGCCACGACACGUAAAUUUAAGGGUCCUACGGGAGCUGGCCGUGAGGGGUCUCCACUUCCCGUCAGCGAUGCAAAAAAUUAUGAUCCCGAAAAACAAAGUGAUUGGGUCACGCCACUACACUCGUACAUCGUAUACCGGACUCCCGAUAUACAGAAGACAUUCUUCCUUCUUCUGCUGCUGGUCGUUAUUGGCGAAUUCUUCAGCGCCCCUGCUAUAACCCUCGCCGACUCGGCAGUGAUAACGCUCCUGGGGGAAGAUGCUGACAGGUACGGCCAUCAACGAAUGUUCGGCUCGCUGGGCUGGGGGCUGGCUAUGUUCUUCGUGGGUAUCGCAUUGGAUCACAGCACCGCGUUCAGCUCGCACCCAUGCGGCGGGCCGCAGCGAUACGAAAAGAAUUAUACUAUCUGCUUCGCCACAUUCUCGGUGCUCAUGGGAGCGGCACUGAUGACAGCCUCACAGAUUAAAUUCAAAUACGAGUUUGCCAGCCCAGAAAUAAACACGACAGAAGCGCCACCGGCACCAUCGGAGCCGACGCACGAAGAGAAGAUGCAGCAGCAGCUGGCUGAGCAGCUCCAGCUGCCGGGGCUCGACACCAGCGCGCCGCAGCCCCGCCAGCCGCCGCUGCAACAUGCCAAGGUUUUCGCCCAAACAACGCGCGAGAUGCCCGAGUGGGUGACUGUGCUGCGCCAGUUCCAAAACGUCAAGGCGGCGUCGUUCCUACUGGUGGCCUGGUUCAUGGGCUUCGGCAUCGGCCUGAUCUUCACGUUCCUCUUCUGGCAUCUUCAGGAUAUCGGCGGCUCCCCCACUCUGUUCGGCGUUGCUUCCGUGAUAAACCACAUCUCGGAGAUCUUCGCAUACUUCUUCAGCUUUAAGCUCAUUACUCAAAUGGGUCACGUUAAGGUGCUAUGCCUCGGGCUGGCGGGAAACGUGCUGCGUUUCCUGUACAUCUCGUGGCUGGAGGACCCCUGGUGGGUGCUUCCGUUCGAGUUCGUGCAGGGCGUGACACACGCGGCCGUGUGGGCCGCCUGCUGCUCCUACAUCGCGCACGGCGCGCCGCCGCGCCUGCGCUCCUCCGCUCAGGGCGUCCUGCAAGGUCUCCAUCACGGACUGGGGCGAGGCUGCGGCGCCGUGAUCGGCGGCAUAGCGGUCGCCAAGUGGGGCACAACGCGCACGUUCGCGGGAUACGGGCUGCUGUGCGCGGUGGCGCUGGCCGCGUUCGCGUUCGUGAACUUCCGCGGCGAGCCGGAAGCGGACGGCGUGGGCGUGGACGAGGAGGCGCGCGCCGUGGCCGAGGCGGGCGUGCUGGCGCCGCACGGCGUGCCCUCCAACCCGCUGCCGCGCGCGCUCUCCUCUACUCGCCUGGCCGAUCUUGCCCACCACGACUCCUACGGAGCCACGCAGAGCUACAGCGGCGCGGACAGCCUGGGCGUGCCGGGGCAGGCGCCGCCGCAGCCGUCGCCAGCGCGCCCUGCCAAUCCCUUCCUAGCGGACCAGCACUCUGUACCCGCCUAUAGAUAAACUGUCUAUACAGCUCUCUCAAGUAGCAUUAUUUUGUCUUACUAUAGUUAAAUGGUGGUAGUGGUUCAGAGAUGUAUUGCAGUCCAAUACUUUCGACUCUUUAAGCUUAGUUCCGAGUAGAGGGUUCGAAGACGAGUUCGUUUCCUUUUGCGGCCGACUGCGCCGCAGUCCCUCCGCGGUCUGCACACACCAAGCACAAUGUAGAAAUCGUUUAGCGGCCGAGCCGGACGGCCCAGCCCGCCAGAACUUCACUCUAUAGUGGUAGUUCCAGUAAAGAGUGAAAGUUGAAAGUUUUCUUCUAAAAAUUCAAUGUAACAAAAUGUUAUAAUGUACGUAGCACUUAAUUUUUAAAAUUCAACGAUUUAAGGGUUAUGAUUUGUUGAAGUACUUAAAAAAUUUAUUGUGAUUUGUUACAUAGUUAAUAGUUAAUUAUAAUAUUGUAAUCGAGCCUGGUAGAUAUUCCUAUGAUACAUAGGUUGAUUCUUUUUAUAAUAUCAUAAACCUAUUAUGUUCCGGCUCCGGACAUUUAGCGAAUUUUAGACGAGCACACAUCUACUCUAGGGCAUGAACAUAAUGGAUUUACGUAGAUACUGAAACAGUAGGAGAUGCCCAUUUUUAUU